CCUGCGCGCGCCCGGAAGCGAAGUCCGCUUCUCCCGCCCGGCGGCUGAUUCGAGGGUUUGUUUUGUCUCGGGCAGGGAGUCUGAGCAGCUGCUGCAGGCCUGGCCAUGCCGUCCGAGGGUGGCUGCUGGGAGACCCUGCAGGCGCUGCGCAGUUCCGAGAAGGGGCGCCUGUGCUACGACCGCGACGAUGUUUUAGAAGAAUGUAUGUCUCUUCCCAAGCUGUCUUCUUACUCUGGAUGGGUGGUAGAUCAUGUCCUACCUCAUACGCAAGUGACCCCACCUUCCUCGGAGACUUCUUCCUCUCCAUCAGCUUCAGCCACAGAACAAACCUCAGUUAUUCCCAAAUCUCCCAUCAGAAACUCUGCCUUGUCACUAGCCUCCUCUUCAGCAGCAAAUGGAACCAAGGACAAACAUGAGUCCCAGCUUACAGAACCUAUGGUACUUCAGUCCCCCCGGGGGAUCAAAGUGGAAGGCUGCAUCCGGAUGUAUGAGCUGUUGCACAGAAUGAAAGGAACAGAGGGCCUGAGGCAGUGGCAGGAGGAGCAGGAGAGACGGGUGCGAGCCCUCUCGGAGAUGGCAUCCGAACAGCUGAAGCGGUUUGAUGAACGGAAGGAACUGAAGCAGCACAAAGAGUUCCAGGACUUACAGGAAGUGAUGGAGCAGAGUUCCAGAGAAGCCCUGGGUCACCAAGAGAAGCUAAAAGCUGAGCAUCGGCACAGAGCCAAGAUUCUUAACCUGAAGCUGCGGGAGGCAGAGCAGCAGCGCCUGAAGCAAGCAGAGCAGGAGCGGCUGCGGAAGGAGGAAGGCCAGGUGCGCCUACGCAGCCUCUACGCCCUGCAGGAGGAGGUGCUGCAGCUCAGCCAGCAGCUGGAUAGCUCCGAGCAGUACCGGGACCUGCUGAAGCUGGAUCUGACUGUCUUCCAAACCAGGGGCAACCAGCUGUGCAGCCUCAUUUCUGGGAUCAUUCGGGCCGCAACAGAGAGUGGCUAUCCUACAGCAGAGAACCAAGCCGAGGCUGAGGGAGCUCUGCAGGAAAUGCGGGACCUGCUUAUGGACUUGGGGCAGGAGAUCACCAGAGCUUGUGAGGAUAAGAAGAGGCAGGAUGAAGCGCAGGCCCAGGUAAAGCUGCAGGAGUUACACAUGCAGCAAGGAAGGCCAGAGGCCCACAAAGAGUCCCCAGCUCCCAGCCAGGGCCCAGGAGGGAGACCAAACGCAGACCUCCAGGUAAAGGUUGAAGACAGCACGAUGCAGUGGUACCAGCAGCUGCAGGAUGCUUCUGCUCAGUGUUUGCUGGCCUGUGAAGGCCUGACCAGCAGCAAGGACAGUCAGGCCAAAAAGAUAAAGAUGGACCUCCAGAAGGCCGCCACCAUCCCCGUGAGUCAGAUCUCCACCAUUGCAGGCUCAAAGCUGAAGGAGGUCUUUGACAAGAUCCACAGCCUGCUCUCUGGGAAGCCAGUUCAGUCUGGUGGGUGCUCUGUGUCCAUCACUCUUAACCCACAGGGGCUGGACUUUGUUCAGUAUAAACUGGCAGAGAAAUUUGUGAAACAAGGUGAAGAGGAAGUGGCCUCUCAUCACGAAGCAGCGUUUCCCAUCGCGGUUGUGGCAUCAGGGAUCUGGGAGCUCCACCCCAGAGUGGGGGACCUCAUUCUCGCUCAUCUGCACAAGAAGUGUCCUUACUCUGUUCCUUUCUAUCCCGCUUUCAAGGAAGGCAUGGCUUUGGAAGACUAUCAAAGGAUGCUUGGCUACCAGGUGAAGGAUUCCAAAGUCGAACAACAGGACAACUUUCUGAAACGCAUGUCUGGGAUGAUCCGUCUCUAUGCUGCCAUCAUCCAGCUCCAGUGGCCAUAUGGAAGCCGACAAGGGAGUCACCCUCAUGGCUUAAAUCAUGGUUGGCGCUGGUUGGCACAGAUCUUAAACAUGGAGCCCCUGUCUGACGUGACAGCCACCCUGCUCUUUGACUUCCUGGAGGUGUGUGGGAAUGCCCUCAUGAAGCAGUACCAGGUGCAGUUCUGGAAGAUGUUACUGCUCAUCAAAGAGGACUACUUCCCCAGAAUUGAAGCCAUCACAAGCUCAGGACAGAUGGGUUCUUUCAUACGCCUCAAGCAGUUCUUGGAGAAAUGUUUGCAACACAAGGAGAUUCCUGUCCCCAAGGGCUUUCUGACUUCCUCUUUUUGGCGCUCUUGAUGUCACUUCGUCACCACCAUCACUAUUGUUUUGCACAGAGGCUGUAAUAAAACAACUGAAGACGGCUAUAUCUGAGAGCAGUCAUGUCAGACUGAGAAAUUCGUCAAUUUGUAUUUUUAUUUAUCUGUACCUUGUGGCUGGAAGAAGAGAUUUUCAUGGGUCACAGAAUCUUGGUCUCUUGGUGGAUCUGGUAGUUCGUAAAACACCCACAUGAUAGAGUAAAUUGAAUCGGCCAUUCUUCUGUAGAAGUUAUGAGAAGAGGUAUUUAGUACGUGGUCUUGUUCUGUAUGUCCUUGGUUUCUCAGAGCUUUCAGAAAGUGGUUAAUACUUUACCUUGUCGCUGAACCAGAGCGAGCCCACUAGUUUUAUUGUCUCCCAUCUACCUGUCUCCAUUCAGAUGAAUUCCCAGAAACAGCAAAGGCUCAUAAGGUCCCCUUUAAAGUAUUGUUUAAUAGUCGAGGCCUAAAUGCUUAAAUGCAAGUCUCGGUUACAGUUGUGUGUCUCAGGCUGUGAGUAAUUCUCUCCGUUUCUAGAGGAAAUGUGUGAUGUGGACGUAGGCUGAGUCCCAGAUUUCCGUCAGAGAUAGCUGACUAUCUGGGAUUAGGGAUGGGAAUAAGAUUAAUGUUGAACUAAGGAGCACUCCUUGUCCUCUUUAAUUUGGCAUUUGCACCUUCAAGUGGUUGGGUAUGCAUGAGCCAGAGCAGUUGCCUUUUUGUUUUUCAUUUGGAACUAAGGUGGACCUGAGCCAGCCAGUGGCAUGGUUAAGGAAGCUGGAUCCCUCCGACAGUGCUGUUCAACUCCCAGCCUGGGUGACCUGAAAAACACAGCAGGCACAUGGGCAUGUGUACCCAGAAUCCUGAAAGGAGGGAGGAGGUGGAGGAGAAGGGAUUGCAGCAUGACCAUCCCCCUUGGGGGGAGGUGCUUUCUCACUCCUGCCUGCCCCUCUAGCAAGCACAUGUGUCCACUGGAAAAUGAUUUAAAAAACCAACAGGAAAUGUAGAUGUGCUGAGAUAGGUCUCUCGAUAUUAUACAUAAGGCUGAGCAUCUAAAACCGGAUCAGGGUUAAAUAAAGGUGUUAGGAAGGAAUUGAGGCUUUUAUAAUUUCUCGCAUGUUCUGAAUAAUGAAUGACGACAAAUUUGACUAAGGCCAUUGCAAAAUACCCAGAGCUUGGCUAUUCAAGUAAGAGCCGAGAUUUAUCUUAUGAAAGGACUCAUUCUAAUUAGGCUAAAGAGACAGUGGCCGUGGAUCCAUUCCUCGAUGCUGAAUAUCUUGUGAGGGUAUGUGUUCUGGGGGGCCAAGAGGUGUUCAUUGACACUCUUGAGUGACUGGAAGUGACCCAUUCUGUGAAUUGUUGUUGACUAUGGUGCAAAAAAUACGUAAUAAAGCUGAUUUUUUAAAAACCCA